AUGGCUUCAGAACAGGAGCUAUCCACAUCUUUUAUCCCAGCCCUGUAUAAGCCGGCUGCUUUGUUACCUAUUGCUCGCCACAAGAAAAGUUUGCUUUACCUGGUUGAGAAUUUUCCUGUCACCAUCGUGGUGGGCCAAACAGGCAGUGGAAAGACAACCCAAUUGCCGCAAUACUUAGAACAGGCAGGAUGGUGUGGAGAGGGCAAAACAAUUGCUGUGACACAGCCCCGAAGGGUCGCCGCCACCACGGUUGCAACGCGAGUAGCUGAAGAGAUGCAUUGCAAAGUCGGCGAAGAAGUUGGCUACUCGAUUCGCUUCGAGGACUUGACAUCUCCUGCAACCAAAAUCAAAUUCCUGACGGAUGGAAUGCUACUCAGAGAGGCUCUAGUGGAUCCUCUACUCUCACGGUAUUCCGUGAUCAUGGUUGAUGAAGCUCACGAGAGAUCGUUGAGCACAGAUAUCCUCCUCGGAAUCUUGAAAAAGAUCUGCAAGAAGCGACCCGAGCUUCGGAUCAUUGUCAGCAGUGCUACACUUCAGGCUGAAGAUUUUCUACGCUUUUUUGCGGGUGAGGAGUACGACCCUGAGGCUGAACCCGCAGACUUGGGCGGAAGCGUUGGAAGGAUCAUCAGUCUGGAAGGACGGAUGUACCCUGUUGACAUGCUGUUCCUUGAGUCUCCGGCAGAAGACUACAUCGAGCGUUCCGUAAAGACGGUUUUUGACAUCCACACCCAAGAAGCAGAAGGCGAUAUACUUCUCUUCCUGACCGGCCGAGAAGAAAUUGACACAGCCAUUCAAUUAAUAUCUGAAAGAGCGGCAACGCUCCACCCCAAAGCGCCCUUGCUCCAGCCCUUGCCGCUUUAUGCUGGUCUAACCACAGAGCAGCAGAUGUACGUCUUUGAGCCAACUCCAGAGAACACCCGCAAGGUCAUCGUUUCCACCAAUAUCGCAGAGGCAUCAGUGACAAUUGAUGGGAUUGUCUAUGUGAUAGAUUGUGGAUUUGCCAAGCUCAGAGCAUACAACCCCAUGACAGGCAUUGACACGUUGACUGCGGUGCCGAUCUCCAAAGCAUCUGCAACCCAGCGAGCUGGACGAGCUGGAAGAACCAAACCAGGGAAGUGCUUCCGGCUUUAUACCCAACAGGAUUAUGAAAGGAUGCCAGAUGCCACCGUGCCCGAAAUUCAGCGGUCAAACUUAGCGCCUAUCAUCAUGCAGCUCAAAGCAUUGGGUAUUGACAACAUCGUGCGGUUUGACUUUUUGACUUCCCCGCCAGCAGAACUUAUCAUCCGUGCUCUCGAGCUUCUCUCAUCACUCGGGGCAGUGGAUGACUAUGCCAAGCUCACAAAGCCCCUUGGCAUGCGAAUGGCGGAGAUCGCACUGGAUCCCAUGAUGGCAAAGGUUGUUCUUGCGGCCCCAUCCUUUGGGUGUCUCAGCGAGAUUCUAACCAUCGCCGCCAUGGUUAACCUCCAAGGGACAGUCUGGGUUCAGCACUCUGGUGAUAAAAGAUCUGCCGAGAGUAAUCGACGCAAGUUCGCUGUCGAAGAGGGCGAUCAUUUGACAUACCUUAAUGUCUACCAAGCAUUUGUGACGAAGGGAAAGAAAGACCCAAAAUGGUGUCGCGAUAAUCUCCUGAAUUACAAAGCACUGCUACGUGCAGUGAGCAUUCGUGGUCAGUUGAAACGGUACCUAGAACGAUUCGGUAUCCAAAUCGACGAGACUCUGUCUUCUCGCGAUACCGUCGAUCUCAGUGCUCGUCCCGAAAAGAUUCGACGAUGCUUGACAACUGGCUACUUUGCCCAUGCCGCUAAGAUGCAGCCAGAUGGAACGUUCAGGACUGUCAGCGGAGGGCUCGUUUUACACGCUCACCCUAGCUCGCUGAUGUUUAAUCGCAAAGCCGACUGGGUUAUUUUCCACGAAAUCAUGCAAACAGGAGAGAAAACGUACAUCCGCGAUGUCACGAAAAUCGAUAAGGGCUACCUACUGGAUGGCGGCUGCCACGGCGAGGACCAUGAUCACUCUAACGACAUCACCCCUGCCAUCCAAUCCCUCCUCUACUCCCAGGUUGAUUUUGGGAAGAUCAUCACUCUGAAUGAAUCAAUCCCCAAGGCCGGCGCAGCAAUCGUGCAAAAGACCUGGGCGGAGCGACUGAAUGACGAGCCUGAACUCGAAAGUGAUGCGGACGAGCAAUUACUCAUGACCAUCCCCUUCAGCGGGCAAGCAAACAUCCACUCCGUGCUGCUCUACACCGCCCCCACCAUCUCGGCUCCUAAGACCGUGAAGCUAUUCAAGAAUCGGGACGAUUUAGAUUUUUCUAUGGCGUCGGAGCUACAUCCUACACAGAUCAUAGAGGUACCCCCGCCGGUACCCGGUGCAGACGUUUUUGAACUCCCCCUCAACCGCGCCCAUUGGAAUGCUACUACCUCUGUCACGCUGUUCUUUGAGGACAACUGGAGUAAUGGCGAGGAAGAUGUCACCAAAGUUGGGUAUGUGGGUUUCAAGGGCCAAUUCAUGAAGUUGACGCGUGAGCCGGUGAAUUUCCUUUAUGAGGCAGCUGCGAACCCUCAGGACCAUGUUUCAAUCCCAGGUGUCGGUGGAAUUGGCAGUGUUUUGCCUGGACAGUAG